UCCCUUGACCUUAGAUAGCGAUCGGAGCUGUAUUGUGGUCUUGAACGACGAAUGAAAUUGAGAUGAGAAUGGGAUCAAUUUUCUGUAGUUUUCGUCUUCUUUAUUGUGCUAUUACCAAUUGAUAAGACAUGUUCAGUAAAAAAUCACACGGAGACUUUAAGAAAUCUGGUCAGAAGGUGCUGGAUUUAAAGAAAGAUGUGCUCUCUCGGCUCAGACACCUGCGAGUUGUGAUUGAAAAUGCAGAGACAUCAGAACUGAAGUCGUAUUUUGAACAGUACUUUUCCCACAUCUAUCAUGUUUUCUAUGAAAAUUUCAUCCUACUUGAGGCAAGCACAAAACAGCGGGUCCAUAAGGCACAACGAGAGGAUUUGGAUGCAAUACUAGCAGUAUUUGAGAAAAUCUUCCUGUUUUUACCAGAGUUGAUUCACUCCAGAUGGCAGUUCCACAGUAUUGGACGGGUUAUGCAGAAACUUCUUCAUGUUGGCAAUGGAUUGAAGCAUCGGAUGGAUGGGAUGAGACUGUUCCUCCUCUGGUUCCAGAUCUUGCAGGAGAAUGCAUCAGAGGAAUGUUACCUGAUGUAUGCAACCUUAGUUCCGGGAUUCCCGGUUCCUUCAGGGAUCUAUGGUAGUAGCCUGGAGCAUGUCAUGACACACAACUCCAAGACAUCGCCUAACCUUGACAGUCCUGUACUAGAGGUAGAGAUUAACCCUAUUGUCCCUGCUCAGCCUGGAGAGAAACCAACAGAAAACCUCACCAAACUACUCCUAGAAAGCUUACUCAAAUACACAGUUACACAGGUUCCUCGAGUGGAAUGGUCCGAUGCAAGCACAAAGGAUGAAGCAUUUAUCUUCCUAUUGGAAAACUUCAAGAGAUUCUACUUGCCACAUAUAUUCCCUGAAUUUCUUCAUAGCACCAGUCUCUAUAGUCCAAUACUAGAAAUUCCCCAGGCCCGAAGUACCAUGAAUAGUGUAGGGUCUAGUUACACUAACAACCUAGCUGCCUGUCGGGUCAGUGUGGUCAACUGGGUGGUCAGUUUCAUCACCACGCACAAGGCAAGCAAGUCGAGUAGCUUAUUAGCCGACAAGCCGGAGCUCAACACCAAGGACUCCCUAGAGCGCAAACUUGACACCAUCCUGAAAGAGGGCGGUGACUCGUCCAACUCGUCGUCGACGACCAUUAGUCCCAACUCCACCCUGUCUAUGAGCACAAGUACCAUCUCUCUGGCCCUGCCCAUGCAAGAUGACCUGGAGACCUCUGGGCGUGAGCUGGUCCAAAGGGUUCUCUACUCCACUCGGGACAAUAUCAACUUUGUUCAAGAAGUCCUCAGACAGGGUUUUCUUCUUCCUAUGAGUGAAUCUAAAGCUGUAAAGCUAUCCCUGAAGGUAUACAACGAAUGGAUUCAGAACUCAAUGGUCAAGCCAGUUUUCAUGGAGGAACCAGAGGAGGAAGAGGAGGCGAGCCGGGAGAACGAUGUCAAGAGGUUGGAACAUCCACCCUCUCUGACCAAUCAAAUUAGUUCUAUCCUUGAAGGUUCUCAGGAAGGUGGGAUGUCGCAAGAGGGUGGGGUCUGUGAGAUUGACAGCCCAUCCUCAGAGUCAGCUGAUAAGACAUUUGCAGGGUGCUUACCAGUUGUUGAGAAUGAGACCAGGGGUCCACCCUUGGUUAAGAGCCCAUCAGUGUCCUCCGAUGGAACCAAGGCUAAACGUAGUAAUUCUUAUAUCGGUGCAAUCAAUCAGGCCAUCAGAGAUGACAUGAACAAGUGCAAUGUAGGUGCAGGACUUCAGAGAGUAGUCCAGGUAUUCAUCACCAAUUCCUCCAAUGUGUUCCUACUGGAGCCAGGGGGAGGGUCAUCGGGUGCCCCAGACCCCACCCGGCCCAUCAGAGAUCAAGUGGACAUCUGUAGGAGGGUUCUUGGCAGUUACAGGCAUAUUGUCAUGAAUGUCAAGUUGGAGAAAACUACCUGGGAGCAGCUUCUGAUGGUUUUACUCCGAGUAACAGAGGGUAUCUUGGGAGGUACCCCCAGUAAACCCCGUCUUGCCUUAGGCCAACAGUUGGCACAUAUACUCUUUCAAACCUUGAUAGUAACCUGGAUCAAAGCCAACCUUGAAAUCCAGGUGUCCACUAGCCUUUGGGAAGACUUCCUCAGAGUCCUAUCAUCACUCACUCACUGGGAAGAACUCAUCAAGGAGUGGUCUAGAACCAUGGAGACCCUGACCAGAGUACUUGCCAGACGGGUCUAUCACCUGGACUUGAGCAAUCUACCCCUGGACAAGCUCUCGGAGCAGAAGCAGAAACGGUUACUAGGCAAAGGGCGCCAACCGCCCCUCCAGGCCGUGGACCUCAUGAAAAAGGGGAUGCACGAGCGAUCCUUCUCCAGGGGGUGGAGCCGGUGUGACUCCACCUCGCCUAACAGCAUGGAGGAGCUGGAGCGGAAGCGGAACAAGAUGAACACCAUCGGAAGCCAGGGUGAUCUCUCUAGGAUCAGAGAGAUGAGGCAGACUGAGAAAGAUGGUGAUGUAAUCUCAUUACACUCCUCACACCCUAACCUAACAAGACAACGUUCCUUGACCGUGGAUCCAUCAUUAGCCACAAGAGAGGAACAAACAUUAGUAACCUCCGUCCAGAUACCCAGGAGUAGUAGUGAGGGAGAGUUAUUUGAUGGAUUCAACUUCCAGAGAAAUAAAGAAGAUGGCGAGAGGGGAGAAGGCAUGGUCAAAUCAACCACGUUUCCUCUGGUAAACAGACAACAAUAUCAAGCAGAAAAUGGUGAGAAUGAAAAUUUGCUGGAUGGCUUGAGCCUGAGUCAAAGCAGCAUACCCCUCAUCAACCACCCAGAUAACCUGAGCAUUGAUGAAACCUCCCUAGAUGUGCCUCUACCAGACUCCAAUCAUACCACCCCUACAGACGUCAACCGUGUCACACCUACUAGCAGUCUCAUUGAAGAGAUAGACCAAGAGGUCAUUGCCCUGUCUCCUGGGAUCCACUAUCAAUCGGACGGUAGUGGCUCAGGGACGCCCUUGAUUGGAGUACACUCGUAUCACUCAGGUGGGAGCGGUAGUGUAACGCCGGUAUCUACCACACCUCAUUUUGGUUACGAAGGGACGUCACCGGGUGGUCUCAGGUUCUGUAACUCGGAUGAUACGUCGCCUGGAGGUAUCAAUCAUUAUAACUCUGAUGGGAGUUCUAGGGACACGCCACUCAUUGGAGUGUUGAACGAUAAUGGUGACAUUACUGACCUUGCCAAAGAAUCACCUUUGAUGGAGGAAGAGGAGCAGAACAUUAAUAUUGAGGAUAGAUUGGAUCUAGCAGCAGAGAGAGUUGAUGCUGAUUCAAUAGGGAAAAAUGGUUCUGUUCAAAGCCCCGAUGCCAGUGUGAUGUCAGGUGGUACCCGUAUAGGAUGGCAUCCGGAUGUUGCGGUUGUAGUUUGGAGGAGAUUACUAUGUAUUCUUGGUGACAUCAAUCAGAUCAGUGAUCCUAGACUUCAUUGGGUAGUUCUAGAAUGUCUCUGGGCAAUCUGGCAGAUGCUAGCUAAGAUUCGUGACAACCAAGGUAUCAGUACAGACAACCAGACAACACCUCCUCCUCCAGAGAACAUUCCACCCCUCCUCCUCUUCUCCCCGUGGCUCUUCCGGGCAACCUAUCUACCUGUAGGCUACCAGCAUGGCAGGCUGUCAGCGUACAAGCAGCUGUGUGCCAUGACGGUGCGGCGACAGGACCAUCCGCUCCCCAGGGAACAUCUGGUCCACUUUUACAGGGUCCUUCACUUUGGACUUGUUGGAACUGAUCAGGAUGUGAUCAAUACUAUUGUGCAAUACAGUGCUCCUGACUUCUUCCAUUGCGACUUGCCAGGAGCUACUCUCCUCAUACUGGACUUCAUCCAAGCAGCUAACAUGAUAACAGCCAACAUUGAUCUAGAUGCUCCAAGGAUAGAAGCUCUGUCUCUCCUGGGUUCUCUGGUGUGUUUUCCCAACAUGUUCUGUAACCUGACCGUGUUUCAGCCGGCUCCUAAGGAUAUCAGCACCAUGGUGUGUAAGGAUAUCAAACCAGUGAAGGAUCACCUGAUCAGUAUUUUACUAAAAUGUGGAAAGAAGGAGCCAAACUGCGAAGCUCGUUGUAUCGCACUCUGUGGUUUGGGUAUCUUUGUCUAUGAAGAGCUCGCUCACACGACCUUUCACCCUCGCAUCAAGGAAGCAAUCAAUGUACUCCUUGCUAGUCUGAAAUUUCAGAAUAAGUUGGUUGGACAGGUUGCCUGUGAUAUGCUCUUGGUUAUAUGUGAUCAUGCGGAAUGGUUGAAGAUGCAUCUACCAGAAGCUCCAAAGAAGAUCAUUGAGGUUAUAGCAAUGACAAUAGCCAGCUUACUAUCUAGUACGGAGAUGACUGAACAAGAAGAGGAUAAGAAGUUGAUUGUGUCACUGAUGUUCUGCCUAUCUGAGUGGUGUAUAUCUAUCCCGCUCUCAUCUCUUCUUGAAGGAACAGAGAGCAAGUCAAAGAGAGAGGCUAAACCACUCUUACACACAGUAUUCAAGGUGUUGCAGAUGGCUGUUGACGGUGUACCUACAGAAGGGCCAUACUCUAUCAACUUCUCUGAGCUAGCAUCACCGGACUAUGAUCCUCAUAUCAACCUAGACUCUCUCAAGGAUGGUAAUAUCCUACACCAUACGCUCAAAAAUGCCCCCAUGGAAUUCUCAGAUUAUAUCUUUGAUGAGGGUGAAUCUCAAUCCCAAUCUACAUAUCAAGUGCAAUCUUCAUUUUCAUCAGAACUCACAAGACUAACAGCCAGAACGGUCCUUACACAGUUGAUUGACAAGCUGAACCACUUUCCUCUUGGUGGGGGACCAGCUUGUGUUACGUCACUCGUGAAUGAGGUUGAUGACCUCCCAAACUUUGACACAGAUGACAUCACGCCACGUCUCUUUGAGGCAGAAAAUGUGCAAUUCUUCAUAUACAAUGAUGCUGCCUUGAUCACCCUGAUACAGAUUCCACCAUUGGAUGACGGAUCUGAGUCGCAACUUUCCCUAGCCACAUCAGACUUGAGAGCUAUCAUAAGGAAUGUAUCAGGGAAGUUUGCAUGGGAUGGGAGGAUCAUCUAUGGGCCGGCUGACUGCAAGGCUAAACCAACAAGACUAGUAACAAGAGAGAAGCCACCUGUUGCCCCUCCUCCUGAUGAUCAGGUAGACUCUGUAUUCUGGAUGGCACCCAAAUCUCGGAAGCUCUCUGUUGAUAUCAUCACCAACAACAAGAAAUCCAGGAGUACUGUACCAUCAUGGCAAGAAGAAGGAGACUCUUUAGAUGUACUCAAUGAGCUGGAGCAAUACAUUGGCUUCACCAGCCCUGAGUGUUUGCUUCGACCGGGGAUUCCCCUCAACUUUCCCUUCCCAGCACCAAUAGACAUGUGUAGUGAUAUGGAGACCUAUGCCAGGGGUGCCUUGCUCAAACAGUGCGACAAGGAGGCUGAAUAUGUGGAGCGAUAUGGGGAGGUAGAAAGCAUGGUUGCUGAAGAAUGCUGGCAAACUGCUCACAAAGAUCCAGAGUCUCAGUUCUACCUAUGUCGGCAGCUGGUUAGCCAACUAGGACUAAUGAACUGGGAUAAGAGGGAUGAAGUUGACAUUGUGAAGAAGAAUGAACAGUUUGCUAGAGAACUCAAGAACCUUGACUCCAGGCAAUGCCGGGAGACUCACAAGAUAGCAGUGCUGUACGUGGCAGAGGGCCAGGAGGAUAAACAAUCCGUUCUGUCUAACAGUGGAGGAAGCAAUGCCUAUGAGAACUUCAUCUCUGGAUUGGGAUGGGAGGUUGACUUGAGCACCCACCCAGGUUUCAUGGGAGGCCUGCAGAAGAAUGGGAGCACAGGUGAGACUGCACCUUACUAUGCUACCUCUACAACCGAGGUCAUCUUUCAUGUCUCUACAAGGAUGCCAUCAGGAACAGACCUCAACAAGAAGAUGCGUCACCUUGGUAAUGAUGAAGUCCACAUUGUAUGGUCGGAGCAUUCCAGGGAUUAUAGAAGAGGUAUCAUAGCAACAGAGUUUGGAGAUGUGAUCAUUGUGAUCUACCCUCUGAAGAACCAGCUAUUCAGGAUACAAAUCCAGCGGAAAGGAGAUGUGCCAUUCUUUGGUCCUCUGUUUGAUGGGGCAGUGGUGGACUAUCGUGUUUUACCUGGCCUUGUGAGGGCGACAGCCAUCAAUGCAAACCGCAUUAAGAGGUCUCAGCUGGAGUUCUACCAACAGUUCUACGAGGAGAGAGCUAAGUACUUGGAUACCAUCGUUAAGAACCACAAAGACUGUUCAACUUUUGAGGACUACUCUGCCCAUGUCUUUGAGCCCGCCCUCGCUAGACAGAAAAUACAGAACACCAGGUAUUUCACUAGCCCUGAGGCAUCCGGCAGCGGCCCAGCCAACAGCCUGACCAAUGUGGAUUCGAAGGGCUCCCUCUUGCCAUCAAAGCUACAAUUUACGUCAAAGUCCACGGAGAAGCCCCAGGUAUCCCCCUCCAGCAGCGUGACUCGCCCUAAUCGCUUCUCCCAGCCCGAGAGACUCCUUGCCAGCAUGAUCCAGCCAGGUCAGCCUCCCUUGUCUCUCUCCUCCUCUCUCUCCUCUUCAGUCAAGCUAACGGGUAGCCAAGGGAGCGGUGAGAAGCACUCACCAAGACUUGGUGGACGUAAGGAACCCAGAGGUGAUGAGAAGACACCUUCCAGCGAGGUCCCAGGGAUCAGUACUCAGACGGAUCUUACAGCAUCCACCAGCACCGCUUCCACCUCUUCCAACUCUAGCAGCAUUAAUCCUAGCAGACCUCGCAGUCGCACCAAGAGACAGUCAUCAUCAGGGUCGGCUACGUCAGAGAACACUCCUCCAGAGAGUCCUGUGAAUAACAAGAAAUGAGGAACUGCAGCAUCCACUGGCACCAUGUCCACUGCUUCAAACUCGGGCAGCAUCAAUCCUAGUAG